UUAUAAUUGGACAACAGAUUACCAUUAGCUAGCAUGUAGCUCUUUGUCAGUGUGUGUGAGAGUCCUGCUGCAGCCAUCAGCGUCUUUAGCUCACAAAAACUGUCCCCGUGUCCGAGCCGUGUUUGUUCAAAUGGAUAUUUUAAGGGACGACGAGGCGCAUGAGCUGAAGUACAAACGAGGGGGUCGCUUGGACAUGAGCCACGGCUUCCUGCACCACAUCCGGAGGAACCAGAUUGCUAGAGAUGACUAUGAUAAGGAAGUGAAGCAAGCCAAAGAGCUUCAGCGGCGGAGGCACACCACAACCCCUAGACGGCCACGUCGACCCGAUAUCCAAGUGUACCAUCCUCGACGCAGACAUGGAUCCGAGCCAGGAGCCGGUGCUGAGCCCGAAGAGUGGAAUGAGAGUGGGUCAAGCACAGAGACGGAGAUCCAUGGAACUGAACUCUUCUGGCUCGACUAUCAGGAGGACUCUGGUAGCAUUACCUCCUUCCUUGUGCACAAGGAGGAUAAGCCUGAGAAGGUGGUGGAACGUGUUGCAGAGAAGAACAUCCUAGACUCGGCUAUGAGGGCAGCCCUAGAGGCUCGAAUUCGAAAAGAAAUGGACAAAAGACGAGACAAACGCUGAGUGAUAUUUAUAUCAAACAGGAGAUUAUCUUGACACAGAGGUCACGAAGAGGAGCAAUACUUAAUCUGCAGUUCUGUUAUCCUCCAAAGCAUCAGCGCUGUUGACAGUGUUGGAGGCAUAAUGACAACUCUGGGAUCAUGUACAGUGACUGGCAGCAGAGACUACAUGACCCACUAUCAAAGCUGUCUUCUGCUUUCAAAGGAGAAGAAACAGCAGUUAUGAUACACAGUAUGGUUAAGGGUUAACUGUCAGGUUCAUGUUUGCCACAUUACAUUCACCUUCAGCUGUUACCUCAUACCCUGAUUCAUAACUUUAGAGACACUUCAAGUUAACCGGACCUGGAAAAUGAACAGUAAAGUUCAGAAAGGAGAAGGUACUCUUUGACAGAGAGCACUGUUAACCUUCCUCCUCUGUUGAAAAUGUCCUGUGUUUCUUAUGUUUACAAAGAUCUAGUUUUAUAAACAAGAUUUAUACUUAUAUAGAUUUAUACAUCAGUCUAUCAGCAAACCCAUGUUUAGAAAAUGUGACAGUUUCUUUCUGAGCUGGAGGAGUUUUUAGUGGAUGUAGCCAUGAUGUGUUUGUGUGGCAACUGUUUUGUUGUUUUCAGUAUUUUAAUUUAUUUUGUGUUGUUGAAAUACUUUUAUUUUUGAUACUGUAAUAUUUUUUGAGGGAAUAACUCUUUACAUAUAAAAUGACAUAUUCAUAAAAGCCAUUUAUUACUGUCAAAAUGUGUCUGGAUGUGCACUUAUAGAAUUGACAUAAAAUGUGAAUGUUUUUUUUAUUAGUGUCU